AGCAAACAGGAAGUAGCUUUCAGCCAAUCGGCUUUUGCAAAGCGUCCUAAGCUGACGUCAGCCCGGUACCGAUGAACAACCGGUAGCGUUGAAGGCAGCAGUAUUUGGCCAUUAUUAAUACAUUUGCUAACUUGUUCCCUGUCAAACUAGCAAACAUCAUGCCUUUCGAUGUUAGGAGAUUUGAUAUCUACAGGAAAGUGCCAAAAGAUCUCACCCAGCCAACAUAUACGGGAGCUUUCAUCUCCAUUCUGUGCUGCGUCUUCAUCCUCUUCCUGUUUCUGUCAGAGUUGACAGGGUUCAUAGCAACUGAAAUUGUAAAUGAAUUGUAUGUGGAUGACCCUGAUAAAGACAGUGGUGGGAAGAUAGAAGUGAGUUUAAACAUCAGUUUGCCAAACUUACACUGUGAUUUGGUGGGUUUGGACAUCCAAGAUGAGAUGGGCCGCCAUGAGGUCGGUCACAUAGACAACUCCAUGAAGGUUCCUCUCAACCAGGGCAGCGGCUGCCGCUUUGAGGGAGAGUUCACAAUCAACAAAGUACCAGGAAACUUCCAUGUGUCAACACACAGCGCCACGGCGCAGCCCCAAAGCCCCGACAUGAGCCACACCAUCCACAAGCUGGCUUUUGGGGAAAAGCUGCAGGUACAAAAAGUCCAAGGAGCCUUCAACGCUUUAGGAGGGGCAGACAGGCUGUCAUCCAAUCCUUUGGCCUCUCAUGACUACAUACUGAAGAUCGUGCCCACAGUGUAUGAAGACCUCUCGGGCAGACAGAGAUUCUCCUAUCAGUACACAGUAGCUAACAAGGAAUAUGUUGCUUACAGCCACACAGGCAGAAUCAUCCCAGCAAUUUGGUUCAGAUACGACCUCAGUCCAAUCACAGUCAAGUACACAGAGAGGAGACAGCCCUUCUAUCGCUUCAUCACUACAAUUUGUGCCAUCGUUGGAGGGACGUUCACAGUCGCAGGAAUCAUCGACUCCUGCAUAUUUACUGCCUCAGAGGCUUGGAAGAAGAUCCAAAUUGGAAAACUGUCAUGAAGACUGCCUCCCUCCCCUCCUCAUUCCUUAUUUAUGACAGCAAAGCUGCUAGCCUGUUAGCUAAAUCCAACCCUUAUUGAAAACAAGCUCGUGGAGAUGGUAUCACCGUGACCAAUGAGAGGUCUCCGGUGCACGAUAUAACUACCAGGCUGCAUGGCUGUGUCUCCUUUACCCAACGUCCUCUCAGGCUCCCUCUGCCCUGCUGACGCGUGGACGCUGACUAUCACAUGUCCGUUUCCUCCGUCAUCAGGGUCAGGAGAGGAGAGGGAUUCUCUUGUUACUUUGGGGAUGGAUUUUAAAGAACUUUGUGGCAGGAACUGUCUUCUGUAUGUUUUCUUGGAUGGGGUGGGCGACUGACAACAGUUUAUUUGGAAGCUGAGAUGGCUCAUGCUUGUGCUGUUAUUGAACUUUUUCAGAUGCCAGCACCAUGUGUUACAUUCAGGAGUUCCACAUGGGAACUUUUCUUUUGUGUCAAAUUCAUGGAAAUGAUCAAUUUAGGAGUUUGUUUAGGGGGAAUUCAAAAGGUUGGCUGCUUAUCAAGGCAAAAAUGAAGCAGCGGGUAUGUGAAGCACAUGUUAUUUAGGACUGGAAAUUAAAAUUGAACUAGUUUCUGUCUGUAAGAUUUGCACUUUGUGCAGUUGAGCUGAAGUCUUUUUAGCCACCGUCCCUCUACUUGGACUGCGUGCCUUUUGGUUUACUUCCCCACCAUCAUCGGCUCUGUUUCACUACGUGUUUCACAUGUGUUGUUUGUCCUUUUUUGAGAUAGUUCUACCCAUUUAUCAUACUCUUACUUUCCAUACAAUGUCUAUAUAAUGUUACAUCAGAGCUAUCAAAAGUCCCAUUUGGACUCUCUCUGCUCCAUCUCUGUGUAAGAAAAUAAAAUGAAUGUUUCUUCUAAUUUGAUUUACUUACAUGGUACAUGUGUUUUUGUUUUUGUUUGCAUGAAGUCAUAAUCUGUUUUCUCAUUAUUCUCUUGUCUCUGUUCGAGCGCCGUGAUAGUCACAAGCCCGCAAACCUGCUCUUCUACUUAAGAAGCCACCAGUCUUUCCCUCUCUCUCAAAUUACACUGUAACGUCAUGUGUCCCUAAAGUAAAGCUAUGCUCUGUAUUUGGUUUCUAAAAGAUG